AUGUCUCAGCUCCACUCAUUUUCAGUACUGCAGGCCCUCACCAUGAACAGACAUCUCGGAUCUGGCAGCUUCCAGAUCCCCGCAGCCUCCUUCUCAGUCUUCUCUCAACUUGUCAUCAUCGCAUGGAUGCCUCUGUACGACCGAUUCAUCGUUCCAGCAGCCCGGCGGAUGACAAAAAAUGGGCGUGGAAUCACAGUAUUCCACAGAAUGGGCAUCGGCUACGCCAUUUCCACACUCUCAAUGGUCGUUUCGGGUUUCAUCGAAGUAAAGAGACGAAACACUGCGCUAGGGCACGGCCUUGCGAACGAUUCUUCGGCCAUUGUUCCCAUUUCGGCCUUGUGGCUUGUUCCACAGUUCUGCAUUAUGGGUCUGGGAGAGGCGUUUCAUACGGUGGGUCAUCUGGAGUUUUUCUAUGCAGAGUUUCCGCCCACAAUGCGCAGUACGGCCAUUGCGCUGUCUUCGUGCACUUCUGCGGUGGGGCAAUACAUGAGCACCAUUCUCCUCAAUGUUGUUCAUGCCAAAACGGGCCGCCAUGGGAAACCAGAUUGGCUCAACGAUAAUCUCAACCUUGGUCGGCUUAAUUAUUUGUACUGGCUUUUGGCCGCCAUUGAAGCCGUCAACUUGGUGUAUUUCAUAAUCUGUGCUUCUCUUUAUAAGUAUACAGAAUUUCCUGUCCAAGAUCCAGUUUUUGAAUCCGGCGCACAGGAGAUGGAGAGUAAGCUUACGCAGGAAAAUGAACCCGUCUGUAAAAUUGCUUCUUGA